GUAUGCUCCCGCUGGACUCGCAUUGCUCCCUGCCUCCAUGAACCACACUCAACUUCCUAUGGACCCGUUCCGCGUCGUCAAAGAGACGGUUCGCGACGGUGCCACUGGUGUAGUCAAGCAGCUCUCAUACACCUCGACCAAGGUGGUCGGCAGUGGCAGCUUUGGCGUCGUCGUCCAGGUCCACCUCAUCGAGAGCAACCGUAAAGCCGCGAUCAAGCGGGUUCUUCAAGACAAACGGUUUAAGAACCGUGAACUCCAAAUUAUGCGAAUUAUGCAUCACCCAAACAUUGUUGAAUUGCUCGCCUACUACUACACGACGGGAGAGCAGCGUGACGAGGUGUACCUUAACCUCGUGCUCGAAUUCAUGCCUGAAACCAUUUACCGGGCUUCUCGGCUGUAUGUCAAGCAAAAAGCUUGCAUGCCGAUGCUGGAGGUGAAGCUGUACACGUACCAGUUGUUGCGUUCGCUCGCUUAUAUCCAUGCUCGUGGCAUUUGUCACCGUGAUAUCAAGCCGCAGAACUUGCUGCUCGAUCCCGAGACGGGGACGUUGAAGCUUUGUGAUUUCGGCAGUGCAAAGAUCCUUGUCAAGGGAGAGCCGAACGUCUCGUACAUCUGUUCGCGUUACUAUCGAGCACCCGAACUGAUCUUCGGUGCGUCCGACUACACACACGCGAUUGACAUUUGGUCGACGGGUUGUGUGAUGGCCGAGCUUAUGCUGGGUCAGCCGCUGUUUCCUGGUGAAAGCGGUAUCGACCAGCUUGUCGAGAUCAUCAAGAUCCUUGGCACGCCUUCUCGUGAGCAGAUUAAGACGAUGAAUCCAAACUACAUGGAGUACCGUUUCCCGCAGAUCCGCCCUCAUCCUUUGCACCGGGUAUUUGCUCGUACAAACGCCUCCCCGGAAGCGCUGGAUUUGCUCGCCCACAUGCUCAUGUACACACCGUACGAACGUUACACGGCCAUUGAGGCCAUGUGUCAUCCAUUCUUUGAUGAACUCCGAGACCCAAACACCCUUCUCCCCAACUCCCGUCACCCCGAGCAUUCGCCUCGUGCACUGCCUCCACUUUUCGAUUUUAGUCCUCUCGAGUUGUCCAUCCGGCCAGACCUCAACCACAAGCUUGUGCCUCCGCACGCUCGUGAUGCGCUCUCCGUUGAUCUGGACACAUUUGAGCCUUUGGACAUUCCACGUGCACGACUCGAUUAAGUGUGAGCAUGGUUUAUGGGUGCAGCGGGUGAGCUGCAUGCUGCUGCUCUAAUCUGUGUAUGUACGUUUGUGUUUGCGUGUGUGUGUCUGUGUGUGUUUGUAUGCCGUUUUGCGAGCUACACGCCUUUUUGUUUCUUCGUUUUUCCAUUCACCCACCAGCCCAUUUCGUCCGUUCGUCUCAUCCAUCACCCAACCCAACCAUCGGUGCAACGGUGAUCGUCAAACCACUCGCUGACCUUCCCGUUGGUUCUACUUAUUUUUUCCCCUUAUCUGCCGCGUAGGACAGUCAAGGACGUGUACGAAGUUUGAAGAUGACGCUUGUAACCUCGUGUUUGUUUUUUGCUCUUCGUUUGGUCUCUUUCUCUCUCUCUCGCUUUCUCACUUUCUCACACUCUCUCUUUCUUUCUGCCUCUCACUCUCCCUUGUACUGUGUGCACUCCUAUUUACGGCAGUUGCAAAAUUGUUGUUAAGACUUCAAAAAAGGCGUGUCGCUCGCUCCUUUGCCCUUUCGAUGGACAUUUGUUCUUGCUGUACUUAAAAAGAAAGUCCAAUUGACACUAUACCGUUCGUUCAUCUCACAGUUGUGCUGCAAGUAACAUGGAGAAAAAACCACAAGCAUUUGACUUCAACAGCCUUUUUAUUUUCCUGUUCAAUUCGUGUUUGUAACUUGGGGUCGUUUUCAAUGAGUUUUUACCGCUCUUUGAUGUCCCCGUUUUCUAGUACACAUUUCUGACAUUCUCACUGCAAAUGCCUAAGCUAAAUUUGCAGUCGUAACUUUGUCAGGCCUAUUUUUCAUCUUUUAGUCUUACAAAAAAAACUAACUUCCCCA